AUGGGGUUCUUGGGGGUAUACGCGGCCAUUUACGACUAUCACCCGCAAGCGCAGGGCGAGUUAGAACUCCGUGAGGGUGACCUGCUGUAUAUUCUCGAGAAGAGCGACGAAGAUGCCUGGUGGAAAGCCAAGAAGAAGGCGGAACGGGACGAUGAAGAUGAACCCGAGGGCCUCGUGCCGAAUAACUAUGUCGAGGAGGCUCGACCAGUUCACUCAGCGAAAGCGCUUUUCGACUAUACACGCCAAACGGAUGAGGAGGUAUCCUUUUCGGAAGACGCGGAACUUGUGGUCUAUGAUACCUCGGAUCCGGAUUGGACUCUAGUUGGCGUGGGCUCGGAUUUCGGCUUCGCCCCUGCGAACUACAUCGAAAUAGAGAACCAGCCGGCUCAUGUGGCAGCAACAUCUAUUCCAUCCUCUUCCCCCGUCGAAUCGGCUCCUCCCACUCUUCCGCAGCGGCCAGCUGCGGUGCCAACCGAUGAACCCAACGACGCUGUCUCGAGCUCCCCCAUCGACACUGCUCAAAACCCAGCAGCCGCAGUAAUUGCCAAUAUCAUUCACCAACAGCAUGCAUCCCCCACAGAGCCAGAAUCCAACAAGGCCGUGCCACCGCCGCUACCGUCUCAGCCUCAACAGUCAUCCAAUGAACCCGAAGAGAGCUACCGGAACGAACCUUCGCCGCCGCCACCAGUUCUGCCGCAUCGUCCUCCGUCGGAACAGAUCUCCUCGCCCGUCCGCCUAGAACUUCCACCAGAGCCAUCACCACCUCCGCGACCCCCAGUAGUGUCGAUCCAGGAGGCUAAUCGUAAAGGCCAUGUGAAGGAGUCUCCCCCGUACAACAGAGUCGGCCAACCGGCCCCCCGUUCUCCCUCCGGAUAUCAUAUAUACAAUAUCAACGAGAUGGUAGAGGUGAUGGGCAAAAGGAAGAAGAAACCUACAACCCUGGGGAUCAACAUCGCCACGGGGAUCAUCUUUAUGUCGCCCGAAGAUGACGGAGAUACCCAGGAAUGGACUGCGGACAAGCUAACUCAUUACUCGAUCGAAGGAAAGCACGUGUUCGUCGAAAUGGUCCGUCCCAGCAAAAGCAUCGAUUUCCACGCUGGAGCGAAAGACACCGCUCGAGAGAUUGUCGCGGCAUUGGGUGAAAUAUCGGGGGUUUACCGCGCAGAGGGUCUCAGGGAAGUUAUUGCGGCCGGAACUAGUGGCGGCGACACCCAGAAAAAGGGACAGAUGGUAUAUGAGUUUAUGGCGCAGGGUGACGACGAGGUGACCGUGGCUGCCGGUGAUGAGGUCGUCAUCUUGGACGACACCAAAUCCGAGGAGUGGUGGAUGGUUCGGCGUAUGAAGAACGGCAAGGAAGGGGUUGUCCCAAGCAGCUACGUGGAGAUUACCGGAUUCGUUCCCGCCAGUCAGCCCUCUAUCUUGGAUUCGGGCUUGUCGGCCGUUGAGAGAAAUCGGCUCGAGGAGUCCAGAUUGGCUAAGGAGGCGUUGCGCAAGUCCACGGUUGAAGCGAAGGGUUCGCGGAGUCCUGAGAAGCGCGAUAGUCGAAGUAGCCAUAAGUCAAAACCGGAUCCGAGCAAAACGAGACAUUGGACUGAUCGUACGAAGUCAUUCACUGUGGAGGCCCAGUUUAUUGGCCUUCAAGAUGGAAAGAUCCACCUCCACAAGAUGAAUGGCGUUAAAAUCGCGGUCCCGAUUCCCAAGAUGUCAGUGGAAGACCUAGAGUACGUGGAGAAGGUGACCGGUGUAUCCUUGGACGAAGACAAGCCCCUAUCCGACAUUCGACGUCGGUCCCAGCGUCUGGAAUCCGAACAACCACGGCCCUCUGGUGAGGGCAAGCGAUCGGGAGCUUCCAUCCAACAGUCCGACUAUGACUGGUUCGACUUCUUCCUCAAGGCCGGUGUUGGUCCCCACCAGUGCGAGCGGUAUGCCCAGAGCUUCGUCAAGGACUCAAUGGACGAGACCGUUCUUCCCGAAAUCACGCCAGAAGUCCUUCGCACGCUUGGCUUGAAGGAGGGAGAUAUUUUGCGGGUGAUGCGAUACCUAGACAGCACGUUUGGCCGCACUGGCUCCAAGUCGAAGCUGCGCAAUGUCAGCUUCGGCGGUGAGGAAGUCAUCAGAAACGGGGAGGAUGGUGCCCACGGUGGCCUGUUUGCGGGACCCGGGGGUACCUUGCGCAACAACACUCGCAAGGGCCGACCAGCUCCUGCUGUCCAGACUGGCGAUGUCGUCGACCCCAAGGCUUUCGAGCAGAAGGACAACACCGCCACGGAGCGGGGUGGCACGCCCCCGGCUUCUGCUCCGGUCGAGAAACCACCCCCUAAGCAGGGGUUCGACGAUGAUGCAUGGGAAGUCAAGCAUCCCAAGCAGUCUUCUAUUUCUUCUGUGCCUGCGGCUACCUCGACUCCUCCCCCGGCUGCCACGACGUCUCCGGCGACGACUCAACCUCUGACCCAGCAGCAGCUGACGGGAGCCCUGGCGGACCUAUCCGUGCUUCACCCGCCGCUCCAGCCCACCCUUGCACCGCCUGCUCCUGCACCUCAGUCACCACCGCCGGUGAUUCAGAUGCAGUCGACUGCCGCACCGGUGUCGCAACCGCCGCAACAACCCCAGCAAACUGGGGCCACCCCGAGCUUCUUCUCCCAAUUGGGGCAACCUGGGCAGCAGCAGCCUCUUCAGGGUAAUAUGCAAGGGUUCAGCCCGCAAGCAACCGGCUUCCAACAGGCCUCGAGACAACGCCCCCAGCCUCCUCAGAAUAUGGGCCAGAACUCGUUGCUUCCCCCUCCACCCCAGCGACCACUGUCAGCGCCGCAGAAUUUUCCUCAGCAGCCGAACUCCUUUGGAGCUACUCCAUUGCAACCUCAGCUGACGGGAAUUCCUCAAAUGGGGCCCCAGCCCGCACCUCUGGGGCAGAGCCUUGCCGAGCUCAAUCAGCAGCACCUCCAGCAGUCGCUUCAACCUCAGCCAACGGGCUUCAUGCCUCCGAACCAGUUCCGGAAUGGACUGAUGCCCCAACCCACUGGCUUCCAGCCACAGUCACAGUUCGGGAUUCAGCAGCAGCAGCAGCAGCAGCCUGGUUUCCAGGGUAUGAUGCCUCAGCCUACCGGCUUUGGAGGCUUCCCACAGCAACCAAUGCAGACCGGCAUCAACUCUACACUUCCCCCUCCCUUACAGCCUCAGCCCACCGGCAUGAAUGGUGCGGGUAGCUUGUCUAAUGCGACCCCACCCUCAAUCCCGCCCAUCCCCCAACAGUCGACAGCGGCGCCGCUGCAGCCACAGAAGACGGGGCCCGCGCCGUCAGUCCGGUUUGGUGUUAAGCCCGAGGCCGCAAAGAAGCUGGCUGCACAGCCAACUGGUCUGAAGGCCAAUCUUUCUCAAGCCACACCUACGAAUCCGUUUGGCUUCUAA